CAGUUGUGUGUUGGACGUCUCAGGUGUGUGUUGGACGUCUCAGGUGUGUGUUGGAUGUCUCAGGUAUGUGUUGGACGUCUCAGCUGUGAGUUGGACGUCUCAGGUGUGUGUGUUGGAUGUCGCAGGUGUGCGUGUUGGAUGUCUCAGGUGUGUGUUGGACGUCUCAGGUGUGUGUUGGACGUCUCAGUUGUGUGUGUUGGACGUCUCAGGUGUGUGUUGGACGUCUCAGGUGUGUGUUGGACGUCUCAGUUGUGUGUGUUGGAAGUCUCAGGUGUGUGUGUUGGAUGUCGCAGGUGUGUGUGUUGGACGUCUCAGGUGUGCGUGUUGGACGUCUCAGGUGUGUGUGUUGGAUGUCGCAGGUGUGUGUUGGACGUCUCAGGUGUGUGUUGGAUGUCUCAGGUGUGUGUGUUGGAUGUCUCAGGUGUGUGUGUUGGACGUCUCAGGUGUGUGUGUUGGAUGUCUCAGGUGUGUGUUGGACGUCUCAGGUGUGUGUUGGAUGUCUCAGGUGUGUGUGUUGGAUGUCUCAGGUGUGUGUUGGAUGUCGCAAGUGUGUGUUGGACGUCUCAGGUGUGUGUUGGAUGUCUCAGGUGUGUGUUGGAUGUCUCAGCUGUGUGUGUUGGAUGUCUCAGCUGUGUGUGUUGGAUGUCUCAGGUGUGUGUGUUGGAUGUCUCAUGUGUGUGUUGGACGUCGCAGGUGUGUGUUGGAUGUCGCAGGUGUGUGUUGGACAUCUCAGGUGUGUGUUGGAUGUCUCAGGUGUGUGUUGGAUGUCUCAGGUGUGUGUGUGUUGGAUGUCGCAGGUGUGUGUUGGACGUCUCAGGUGUGUGUUGGACAUCUCAGGUGUGUGUUGGACGUCUCAGUUGUGUGUGUUGGACGUCUCAGGUGUGCGUGUUGGACGUCUCAGGUGUGCGUGUUGGACGUCUCAGGUGUGUGUGUUGGAUGUCUCAGGUGUGUGUUAGACGUCUCAGAUGUGUGUGUUGGAUGUCGCAGGUGUGCGUGUUGGACGUCUCAGGUGUGUGUUGGACGUCUCAGGUGUGUGUGUUGGAUGUCUCAGGUGUGUGUUGGACGUCUCAGGUGUGUGUUGGACGUCUCAGGUGUGUGUUGGAUGUGACCUGA